AUGCCGAACCUAUUGGCGACAGCUUCUCAAGUUGCAAAUUCUUUAUCUAAUUUAAAAGCAAAAUAUAUAAAGUAUCUGGAAACAUUAUGUUCUGCAAAUGGAAUCGAUAUUUCCACACUCAAAACGGAAGGAGAUUCUCACAAAAUUCUGGAAAUGUAUUUUGGUGGAUUGCCAGUUCUUGUUGGUCUAAAAUAUUUCUCUCAUUUAUCAACUCUUCGCCUUUUUGGACAACAGAUAACUUGUUUGAAACCACUUGGAGAAGUUGCUCCAACUCUUGAAGAACUAUGGGUUUGUGAAGGAGCAGUUAAAGAUUUGGCUGGAAUUGAUCAUUGCAUUAGACUCAAAAAACUAUAUCUCUAUGAUAAUUCUAUCGAAGAUGCAAGCUGUCUUUCCGCGCUUACUAAUUUGCAACAUCUCAGCUUGGCCAGUAACAAAUUAAAGACACUUACGGUAAUUUUAACGAAUUUUUGGUUCCUCCAAAACCUGAAAGAUAUGACACAUCUCUCCUUGGCUGACAACAAAAUGAAGGAUUACGUCAUUGGCAGUGUAGUUUGGCCAGAAAACGUACAGCAUCUGGAUGUUUCUGCCAACUGCUUUUCCUCAAAUCGAGCUCUCUUUCCAUUAACAAUGCUUUCUUCUCUCCGUUCUCUGAAUAUUGAUCCGAUAACAUCCCAAUCUCAAGUAUCCCCCAAUCUAUUCUUUGCCUGGAUUGCUCAUUCCUUUCGAUUCAUCGAGUCUAUUGAUGAUGACCCAAUUUCGGAAUCGUUUGUUGUUACGUUUCGACCAAUGGUUGAUACUAUUUUCGCUGAAAAAUUGGGAAAACUGGCGAAAGCAGAUGAAAAAUAUUAUAAGGAUUUGCGAAUCGUAGACAAGCAUACUGGGAAAAUUGAAAAUCGAUUGGCAUGUCUGGCGGAAGCAUUGACGGUUUAUAAGGAUGGAAUGCAGACAAAAGAUGCGAAAAAGGAAAUUGUGAAACGAGUUCAUGAGAUUUGUGUGAACAAUUCGAAAGCUGUGAAAAACAUUAAAAAAAACUACGCAUUGUUAUCAGAAUAUAUUCGAGCUCUGGCGAAGUAUCGUAUCGCAUGUGAUCUGGAAUCCUGCCAAACUUUUGAUUUGAGAGAUGGAACUCCAGAAGAAGUUGCUUUCAUUACACAGACUCUAAACUACAGUUGCUCAAUGAAAAACAGUUAUGAGAUCAUUGUGAAAUCCUGUUCACUGGUUGGAAAUGUAUCUAAAAAUGAAACCGAACGGAUGUUUAUUCUAGAAAAGGAUUCAACCGAAAAACUUUUUGAUAUAAGAACAAUAUUCAAUUUACUGGAUAGAUUUACCAGGAGAGACUACACAAAACAUUCAGUUCGACUCGUCAGAGAUUUUGAAGUUAUCAAAAAACAAGCAAAAGAGAAAACGACAAUUUUCUUCAUUCCACUAGUCCUCUCCAAAGCUGCAACUGCUCGUGGUGCCUCAAAGUUCAUAGAUGACGAUGGAAUGUCUUCUUCGAAUGAUAAUAUAGUAUGGUCUGAUAUCAGUUUGGUUGCUGUGCUGGCUGUGGAAAUCCAACCAAUUGGGCAGUUGACAACGGAUCAAUUGAGAUAUAUGGAUCAAUUCGAAGAUUCGUAUAAUGAACAAUUAAAAAAGUUGAAUGAUAUGAAUAUCAAAUUGGAUGUUAAAGAAGAAAGACAUCGUCGAAACGAAGACCCUGCUGAAACUUCAAUUGAGGCAGUUAGUAACCAACAAUCGAAAAUCAAAAAGGUAUCUGAUGUACUGUCCAACAUAAGUAAUUUGACCGGGAGAGCUUGUGACGAGAAGAUACCAUUUGAUUGGUUCACAAUAAGGAAUCCAUUGGAAAUUGCACUUGCUUAUUUUGAUUUUAAACCAAUUAAAGAGAUUAAUGAUAUGAUGGUUCGAUUAACGGUAUUGGAACUUUGUGAUCAUAAACUCACUAAAUUAGCAGGUAUUCAAGAGCUUGUCAGUUUACAGUAUCUUUCUAUUCGCAAGAACAAAUUAACUUCUCUCAAAAAACUUACCCGGCUACCAUGCUUAAAACUUCUUGACGCAUCAUUCAACCACAUUUCCAAACUUGAUCAAUUACCCAGCUCUCUUCUCUAUGUUGAUUUGAGUCACAACCGAUUACAAACAUUAUCAGUUUGUCAAAGUUUGGGAAAUGUUCGACAUCUCCGUGUUCAUCGAAACCAGAUCAAAUCAAUGAAAGGAGUGGAAUCAUGUGUACAAUUGGAAUUGUUUUUCAUCAAUGAUAAUCUUCUAAAAGAUAAAAAUGACUUGGAACUUUUGAAAGCACUGCCAAAGUUGACUCAUUUGGAUAUAUCAGCCAAUCCGUUGAGUACUGCAGAAGGAUACCGAUCAAAAGUCAUGCAAGCCGCCCAAUACUUGAUUUCUCUCGAUAGACAAAUUAUUCCUCUGGAAGAACGUCAUGUGAAUACUAUGAAACAAACAACAAGAGGAUUAAGUUUAGAGUUGAUCGAAAGGAUAUGUCCCGAGUGGAGAAGUAAAAGGGAACUCAUGAUUUGUGAUCAGAAAAUUGAGCAGAUUAUUUUGGAAAAAGCACAGAUGGACGAAUUAUCCCAUAUCCGUCUGAUAGACUUAUCAAAAAACCGACUGUCCAGUGUUCGAGAAAUCUGUUCAUUCAAUAUAACUCAUUUGAUACUGAACAACAACUGUCUGAAGACUAUUGCAACUACUGACGGACAAACUCUUCAACCUUUUUCUUGUCUUGAGAAUCUUGAUAUUUCUAAUAACGCAAUUAACAAUACAACUAUCCUCCGCCUGGGAAUUCCUCUUCUUUUGAAAUUAAGAUUCAUCAACAUGUCUUCGAAUUCCUUAUCUAGGUUCGACUGUUCUAUAUUUGAUCUUCCUAAUCUGGAAUCGAUUGAUUUGAGUAACAACGUAAUCAAAACUAUUAUCCGUCGACCACUCCGUUCCCUAACUUCCUUGAAUAUUCAAAAUAACAAGCUAACAACUCUGACUCCAUUGUUUUGCCCCAAUCUGAUUUCUCUAGAUGUUUCCAAUAACAAACUAGCAUCAUGUGCAUCUUUGAAACCACUCUGCGAAUUCAAACUUCUUGAAACUUUGGAUUGUCGCAACAAUUCGGUUACGGAACGAAGAGUUUAUGUAGACUUCAUAAAGGCAAAUGUUUCGUCAGUGAAAAAAUUAGACGACGAACAGAUGAGUAAUGAGAUUGAAGUAACCAAAAGAAGACUCUCACGAGCCAAUGAUAUCAUUUCAUUGAGUAGAAGGAGCAGUAUGGUAACAUCUUCAAUGCUGUUCUGGUUUGAAAGAGAAGAAGUUGAAACAUUGGAUAAUAUGAAAAGAGCAUCGAGCUUCUUGGAGCCAAGUGCUGCUGAGACACCAUCAAGGCCUAGAAGGCUGGAACCUCUGCCAGGAAGACGAAAAACCAAUAGCGAGAGCAAUGGACUCAUGUUAUUGGGAACCAAAGCAGUACAACACAGGAAAUGA